CAGCACCAGUAGUUACGCUAACUAUGCGCUACUAUUGCUGCACCCAGAACUCUGCUCUGAUAGUAGGUGUCCUCCUCAGCACUUCCUCUUUUAUUACGGAGUCCUUCCACUUUAUGCCAGCCAUUCACAUCUUCCUAGCAAUCUGCAUGGGAGUUGCCCGAGCCCUGGUGGAUACGUCAGUACUUCACAUCAUAGCCGGCAAGAACCCAGCCCUCCCGGGAACCACAGGUUUUAGCAUUUGGUCCGCCACAUUGGGGUUCAGUUACGCAGUGGCUGGAAUGAUCAUGUUCUUUAUCUCAGAUUCAGAUAGUAUCUCACAGGCCACGGACAGUGUAAACAAUGCUAACAGUACCGCCCUAACUGGUGAUCCAAAUUUAGCGUUUAGUUUCGCGGAGAUGGUCACACCAAUGGUUAUCUACAUAAUCGGGGGAGGGUUCUUAGUGGGUGCUUCCGUAAAAGGCAAAUGCGACUUGAAACAGCAGCUGAUUGAAAAUGAUCCCCGCAAAGGGUCGGUCAGACUGAACAGACGGGCUUAUUGUGCUGUAGCUGUAAUGAUACUAUUCUACGGGUUUAUAGGCAGCAACCUGUUCCAGUUGUUUGCAGUUUGCUCGGAUAGUAUUGGUUUCCAGGCUCAGUCUCUCACUUGUUUCGGAGUAGCCUUCACUCUGAUGAGUCUAUAUGUGACAUACCGAGGGAAAUCCGAGCUGGAUACCUCUGCAAUACUUUCCACUCUCCUGGUUAUUGGGUUUAUCUUAACAGGGAUCCUCUUCCCUGUGGACUGUAUUGCUGGGGAGGAUUUCUACAUGAUGGGGAGUUCCAUGAUGCUCAUCCCCAUGGCAGGGAUGUUCCUAGGAGGGGGGUGUGGUCUCCUCACUUGCGAGGUCCUGUCUCUUGUCUCCAUGGGGUGGCCCACUAUCUUCAAAUACGCAGCUCUGGUGUCUUCACAGGGACUGUGGGCGGCUGCCUCCCCCUUUGUCCCUAUAGACGGCUGGCCGCGUAACUUCCUUGUUAUAAUGUCAGUCCUUGCUGUAGUGUAUUACUUCACCGCCUUUUACAUUCACGCUGUUCUUAAGAGGUUCAAGAAGGUGAAGGAUAGGGAGAGGUUGACGUACGGAGCAGUGGACCAAAAACCUAAAGAAAUUGAAAACAUACCAAUACCAUCAUCUUCAGCUACAUCUGAUGUGGUCCCUGUUUGAAUCGUGCUUCUUCGCUCUAAAAGCAACAAAUGAACACUAUCACAACAUCUCUAUUACUAUUAGUGGUAAUAUCUUUGUCAGGGGAAUAUAAAAUGGGAGAUGAGAUCUGAAUAGUCUAUAUCAAUAAGUUCACGAUUGUAGUGGAUUCCUGGUCAUAUACAAAUGAGACAAAUAAAGCUUCUAGAAGGUUCCAGAAGUGUGGGGACCACCAAACCUGUCGCCUCGGGAAGGACAUUUGCACCAUCGUAGGCGCAUGUGUGAGCUGAAAUACGUAUUUUCUUCCCUGGUCAACUUACCAAUAUUACUUUAUAAAUUUGAGCAUUU